CAACUGCAACAACAUAGCCUAAAUCAAGAAGACUUGAAAUUGGAAAUUGAUAGCUAGAUGUUUUAUGACUCAAUUACACCGUAGCUUUAAGUGGUAUUACGAGCUAGUUAGUUAAUAGUUUCGGGACGGGUAGCUACUCACCCGUUUCUUUUUGUUAUACCAUGUCAACAUUUGUAAUAGGAAAGUCAUUUUGUGUAGCUACUUUUUUUGUAAGCUAGCCUAAAGGUCGCAGGUUCGAGCUUUAAGUUAGAAAACGAUUGCACAGUUUCUACUACUUCGGCAACAUCCCGUAGUUGUUUCAGCGCUGAACCACACUAGUUUGGUGGCGUGAGUUUGUCAGCAUCUCUGUCUCUUUCCCAUGUGGGAUAUCAUCUAUAGUUGUCGAGACUAGUGGAGGGUCAACGCCUUUUUCUGUCUGACUGGGCGAAACUUAUCGCGAAAGCACACGAACGUUUUGUAUUUCCCCCCAACAAUUUAUGAGCGGUAGCUGCCACAUUGAAGAAUCCACAAGUAGCUAGCUAACUAAGGGAUUGAACAUGGGGUGCACGAUCAGCCAAGAGGAUAAAACAGCGAUGGAAAGGAGUAAAAUAAUUGAUCGGAACCUACGAGAAGACCGAGACAAAGCAUCCAGGGAAGUGAAACUAUUACUACUUGGUGCUGGGGAGUCUGGGAAAAGUACAAUAGUGAAGCAGAUGAAGAUCAUCCACGAGGCCGGCUACUCUGAGGAGGAGUGUAAGCAGUACAGAGUGGUGGUGUACAGCAACACCAUCCAGUCCGUCAUCGCCAUCAUCAGAGCCAUGGGACACCUGAAGAUAGACUUUGGGGACGCCGCACGAGCGGACGAUGCUCGUCAGCUGUUUGUAUUGGCUGGUACAACGGAGGAGGGUGUGGUAUCAUCGGAUCUGACCGGCGUGAUAAGAAGACUGUGGACGGACAGCGGGGUCCAGAACUGCUUCCUGCGCUCCAGAGAGUACCAGCUCAACGACUCAGCAUCCUAUUAUCUGAAUGACUUGGACCGUAUUGCCCAACAGAGUUAUGUCCCCACCCAGCAAGACGUGCUGAGGACCAGAGUCAAGACUACCGGCAUCGUGGAGACACACUUUACCUUCAAAGAGCUCUACUUCAAGAUGUUUGACGUGGGCGGCCAGCGGUCGGAGAGGAAGAAGUGGAUCCACUGCUUUGAGGACGUGACGUCCAUCAUCUUCUGUGUGGCGCUCAGCGACUAUGACCUGGUGCUGGCAGAGGACGAAGAGAUGAACCGUAUGCAUGAGAGCAUGAAGCUGUUUGACUCCAUCUGCAACAACAAGUGGUUCACAGAAACCUCCAUCAUCCUGUUCCUCAACAAGAAGGAUCUGUUUGGUGAGAAGAUCGGCAGGAGUCCACUCACCAUCUGCUACCCCGAGUACGCAGGAGCCAGUACAUAUGAGGAGGCUGCAGCCUACAUCCAGUGUAAGUUUGAGGACCUGAACAGGAGGAAGGACACUAAAGAGAUCUACACCCACUUCACCUGCGCCACCGACACCGAGAACGUUCAGUUCGUAUUCGACGCAGUCACAGACGUCGUCAUCAAGAUCAACCUCAAGGAGUGUGGACUCUACUGAGGAGGACCAGAAAUCUUCAGGUGUCUGGUGGGCUGUGAGCCUCAUGGGAGGGGGAUGAUGAUGACUUGGGAUGUUUGAAUUAGAUGAUCGUAGAAGAAGAUUAUAGA